AUACGUAAUUUUAAUCCCUGCAUUCUCAAAUCUGGAGUAAUAGAAAUCAAUAUGUUUGUAGAAUGUUACCCAGACCACGUGUACUUGAUUUCUGAGGAAGACUAAAGUCGGGUAUUUUCAAACCUUUUUCCUGGAGCGUCUAUCAUGACGUGUUUCUUUUGGGAGAAUAUCCGCACAAGGGCUUACGCAACACGUUGUGUAUAUAAGAAACCUUGGUCUACCCAUUCCUGCAUUACCCCUGCAGUCUUCAGAAGGACUUGUGGAGCAUCUGAAAAGGUGACUGAAAGAGUUAAAGGCAAGAUGGCAAAGUUUUUACCCGUCAUUGGCGAAGCGUAUACUUCAGUUGAGAGUCUGAUUUAUCUUGGAGCCUCAGGUUUGGCCAAAGUGUGGGGGGAUGAUGAGGCUGCUGAAAAAGGCCUUGAAAAGGCAGGAAAUUGUUGGAAAGAGUACUCUGAAACAAACGUCAUAGCAGCUCCAGUCAAUAUGGCAGUGCAUAAAGCUAAAGGACAAAAGGGUAGAGUAGAGGAGAUCCAAAAAUCCCUUGGCAAUGCAUUUGAAGGUGUAGUAAACGGGACUCCAGUAGUGGGUCACGUGAAAGGCAUUGUUCAUUAUGCAAUGGGCGACACUGAGAAAGGAAACAUUUGCAUGGAGUCUGCCACAAGAAGCGCUGCUGUUAUGGGUGCUGGAAUUGUUACAGGAGGGAUAGGGGCUGGAUUACUGGUAGGUGCAGGUGCUGGCAUUACAACAGGUGUGGCCUAUGACGGAGUGGCUACUGGUAUUGACCAUGCCGUUAAUGGGGACAAGGCAUACCGCCACGGAGCAAUGGUCCUGGUUCAAAAUCCAAAGAACAUUACUCCUGAAGAACUGGUUGGCGGUGUGCUGGGAAUCGCUGGUGAUGGGCUUGCAGGUGCUGGUGGAAAUCAGCUAGGGAAAAAUAUUCGAGCUCGCUUGACUGGGCAAAAGGCUUUACACAAUAAGUAUAAGAACUCGCAGCAACUCAAAGAAUCGGGUACAAAGGCUAGACAUGCAACUAAGAUUACCAUGGAUGCCGCAGAGCAAAGCAAACAAGCCCAAGCAAAUUUGUCUGAACCAACUAAAUAUGCAACCAGUCUCGUUGAAGAUUCAGCCACUGGCGAAAGAGGUGUCGGACAUAGUGGCAAAUACAGAAAGCAAGACAGAAUCGAUCACCAUGUUGAACGAGGAUAUGCCUCCGAAGCUAAGGCUAAAAAAGCCACAGGUUAUGACCAGCCUUCUCAUCUUCAAGCCACGUAUGAAGAUGUCGGGCAAGUUCAUCAACUCUGGCCUCAAGCGGCGUGUGCCGAACAUCCAGCAUUUGAUCAACUGAAAAAGAGAUCUCCAAAUUACAGUCCAGAAAAUGUUAAAACUGCAACGGUCUACAACAAGAACGAUGGAGGGUUUCACACUCGGCAGAGGUGCGAGAACUGCCAUGCAUAUGGUGACGCAAUGGGAAAGGUGGUGACGGAUUACAUCCCUGAUCAAACACAUGUACCGUCUUCCGGCUACGUGGCAGACGGGCACAUGCGGGCUGCUGUGAGUGGGGUUGUUGCCGCUCAGAUCAUGAGGGGUGGGAGGCGUUACCACAGUCAUAAGUCCUAAACAAUGACUGUUCCGUGCUUUUAUGUUUCUAAAAAAAAAAAGAAUGUGGAAAUGCUUUGUGCUUCAACCGUUUAUUUCAUCAAUUGACAUUUAUUUCUUCUGACUAACUCUGAAACAAGACAAACCAAAAAACAUGGUAAGCCUUGGCUCAGCUGUGAUGAAAUCCUGCUGGAUCGGACCUUUUGGAAGAGGCGAAGACAUGGCGCGACAAGUGCACCAAAGAUGGACCAUGGAAGGAAUAAUCCGGAAAAUCAAUAUAAAAACUAGAGAAUGGAGAGGCAGAACUAUCGUACAGGGUUUUCAAAUCUGGGUCAGGGAAGGUGGGUCCAGAGCGUACGGAAUGAACUACAACGAUCCCUUCAACACCGUGACUUUUAACAUUCCGGACGAGAGACUUAUCAGUCGAGUGUGCAUUGAGUCCGAUGUGUACAUACACUGUCUGGGAUUUAUUUUGGACAAUGGUGACAUGCUUGGACCAGUUGGAACUAGAGACGAGGCGAAGGAAAAGAUCUUGCCUGAAGAUGGUGCUGAGAACAGUGUUCUUUGUGGCAUUUCCGGUGCCACCGUUCGCAGUGAGAAAGAUACGGUUGUCGCAGAUGUGAAGUUUAAUUUUCAGCAUUGACAAUUUUCAUGUUCUUUGAGUUCAAUUUCAAGCUUUACAUUACAGUGUAUUGUCUAGAUAUGUAUAUGUUGUCAGACAAACAUCUUACAAUAUAUUGCAGUAAUCGGUCAAUAUCUUGUAUGGCACCCAUUUGUAUGUGUCUGAAAACAAUCUUCAUCAUUAAAAAAUAUCUGUAUUUUUUAAAUUUUGUGUGUUUCUGGAAAUACAGUGGAAAUAUCUGUGUUGAUUUACAAUGGAUCAUUUUUCAUUCCAUCGUUGUUUUCUUUUUAGUUAUUUGGAAGCCUGAUAACAUUGAAGUUUUAGCGACGUAGGCUAUGAUUAUGUUCUUCAUUAAUUGACUUAACAAAUAUAGUGUUUGAGUGUCAUAGUUUUUUUGGUGUGCACAUUUUUUAAUAUCUUGACACAAAUAACAGCUAAAUGCUGCAAUUCAGUGCCUUAUAUAUUUAUUAGUUUGGAAUUAAUAGAAGUCAGAUUAUAGUGUAAAUUAUGAGCUGUUGAAGUAACAUAUCUAUGCAAGCAUUUGACAUUAUGCAGAUUUGAAAAUCUAUAUAGUUCGAUUGUUUUGUUUUGCGAAAUGUAUGAUAAUUACUGAUGCAUAAUCAAAAAUUGUUCGAUUGGGCUCUAUGUUUGUGUGUUGAGGUGUGCCACUUCUCAACCUCUCCACUCACAAAGCUUUUUAUGAGUUUUUUGUUUUGGUAUAAAAUGAUGAUAUUUUGAGGUUAUGAUUGUGACGGUGCUUCCAUUGCUUCAUUAAAAUUAUACAAAAAUUCAUUCAAUUAUUACAAUGUUUCAAUCUGUGCAGAUGCCUGAAAUGUUGAGCUACAUUUUCACAGCAUCAUCGCCAUGUAUAGCAAAAAACAAAUUCUUUGAAAUGUUUUCUUUUUUUAUUUAUUCCGUUGCAUUGAUUUUAUUCUGCAUAUUCUUUGUAUAUUUUAGGUUAAAUACUUUUCAGUGUAUUUUCUAUUCACAUUGUAUUAAUCAUUGAUUUCUUUUCA